AGGGGAGCGGGGUGCGCGGGGCUCAGGGGCUGCGCCUUGCCACCUGCAGCGCCCGCAGCGGGCGGGACGCGCGCGGCCCUGUCGGGGGGCUAACGCGGGGGGAUUCUUGCAGGUGGGAAUCGAGGGCAUUUCCUAGCGCCCAAGCCAUGGUGGCCAAACAGCGGAUCCGGAUGGCCAACGAGAAGCACAGCAAAAACAUCACCCAGAGGGGGAACGUAGCCAAAACCCUGAGGCCACAAGAAGAGAAAUAUCCCGUGGGACCAUGGCUGUUGGCACUGUUUGUUUUUGUUGUCUGUGGCUCAGCUGUCCAAGAAAGAUUGCCCAAGGCCCUGCGUGGUACUUACUGGUCUUUGUACACCCGAAGCGCUGUACCUGGUGCACAGUGCGUGCUCACCAACGUUAGAUGAUGAAAUGCCAACGACUUGUUUCCUGAGGGUUCUGGAGAGCCUGUUUUCCUGUGGCCUCUCAGCUGCAUUCCUGUUUAUUCUGUGUUUAGACAUGAUUCAGGGCAAGGAUAACCAGCCUCGCCUCAGAAACAAAAUCCUACCACACACAGUAGCUGCCGUGUCCCUCAUUCCCGUCGUCCUCAUCAAGACUGACCGACAUUGCCCUCUGAAGAGGGUGUAAAAUAGAAGCUGGGGCCUGACUUUCCUGGGAUGCAUUUGACCGCGAUACCUAGCACCAGGCCGGGGAGCUGUUGAACCAGCUCUUAGCAAAACAAGCCAGGGUGCCGGGAAUUCUCUGUGGGUUUAGAUGCUCCCCCCCCCCGCCCCCCAGCGGGAUAAAAUCAGCGUCGCUGGGGAUGGGAGCUCGCUGCCUUGCAGAACCUGUGCGCAGGCAGCCCGGAGAUCUGGCACCCAGGGCUCCCCGCAGUCAGGGGCCCGGCGCUUGGCACAUCUGCUCCAAGCACCUGGCCCGCGUUCCCAGCUCAGGGGCUGCUGGUUUUCCAGGUCACUGCCGUUUGGAAAAGGCAGCCUCACUGACCUGUGAAAUGAGUGCAGUGCCCGUAUAGAAAGCCCUGUCCCCCUCUCCCCAGCAGCCAGUGAACACUUCGGCGGAAGGGGUGGGGGCAAAGCUCUCCAAGCGCCUGAGGGAAUUCUAGCCUUCACUCCUGAUGGAAUUAGCAGGAGUCAUCCAUAAAUCCCCGAGGCAUCCAUCAUCUAUCGGCAGACAGAGCCAGGCUGCCUUUUUUUAAAGAAGUUCACUAACCUUUUGUUAACUUAACUCCUUGUUAGGAACUAUCUCAUCAGCUGUAUGCUCCCACCUCCAGGGCCCGGGGGUCAGCAGGAGCGGGGGCUCGCUGUGGGCUGGGGUUUCCAGCUGCGUGCUGCCUGGUACCU